AUGGUGAAGAGCUGUCUGCAACUGUAUUCAAGGCAUGCGUACCAGAAAACGUUGUCACUCCCGAAAACUAAGUUUCCUAAUCGGUCAAAUUUGCAGAAAACGGUAGAUCAAUUAAUUCCACAAUCUUCACAAGCACUGUAUGAUGAGCAGUUGAGGUCAUUUCUGCAACAAGCCAGGGCCCUGAAUUUAAGCGACAGAGCUGAUUUUGUUCGGGAUAAACUUUUUGUGCUUCAUGAUGGUCCACCCUACGCAAACGGUGAUUUGCAUUUGGGCCAUGCUUUGAACAAGAUAUUGAAAGAUAUCAUCAACCGAUUCCAGAUGCUACAGGGCAAAUAUGUGUACUACAAGAGUGGCUGGGACUGCCACGGACUGCCCAUUGAACUGAAGGCGCUUCAAAAACUGCAGCAUGGCCCAGACAAACUGUCCGCUCUCAAAGUCCGUUCAUUGGCGGCACACCACGCCCAGAAGACCAUAAAAAGCCAGAAAAAUCAAUUCCAUAAGUUUGCCAUAGCCACUGACUGGGAAGAUCAUUACGAAACUAUGCACAGAUCGUUUGAACUGGACCAACUUUCAAACCUGAAAGACAUGGUCAAGAAUGGUUUGAUUAAGCGGCAAAACAAGCCAGUAUAUUGGGGUACGGAGACCAGGACCGCUUUAGCAGAAAGCGAACUUGAAUAUAAUGAGAGUCACGAAUCUACAUCAGUGUAUGUGAAGUUCCCGCUAAAUAUCGAAUCUUCCAUGCUCUUGAAAGAUCGAUUAGGUCAGACACAGAUGAGCUCAAAGACGCAAAUCAAAGUUGUUAUAUGGACUACCACACCAUGGACAAUUUUUGCAAAUAAGGCCGUAUGCUUCCACAAAGACCUUGUUUACGGAGUUUACGAGAGUAACUCUGAAUAUCUCCUCAUUCAACCAGAUUUGAAGCACAAAGUUUUCCCUGACAAUUCGGCUCGUUUAGUAUGUGAAAUUCGAGGAUCAGAUUUAGCCGGGUUGGCUUACGAACACCCCUUAACCGGUGAAUCGAAUCCAUUCCUUCACGGUGAUCACGUCAGUUGCGCUGCUGGUACUGGAUUUGUGCACACGGCUCCUGGGCACGGUUUCGAUGAUUACCUUAUUGGAAUCAACAAUGAUCUGGAGAUCUUUUCGCCGGUAGAUAAUGAAGGAAGAUAUAAACUUGAUAUGCUACCCGACUACUUGCACGAGCAUCUACGUGAGCAAGAAACUGGCAUGGCUAGAAAAGUCUUAUGUCGAGAGACAACCGAUGAGGUCCUAAAGCUAUUGAAAAAAUUUCAAAUGUUUGUUAGCAGCGAAACGUACGUUCAUUCAUACCCUUACGAUUGGCGGUCCAAAAGACCGGUGAUCAUCAGAGCUACCCCACAAUGGUUCGCAGAUUUAACUGAAGUGAAAGGAAUAGCAUUGAAGAGCUUAGAAAAUGUUAAGUUCCACCCGGAAAGGGGAUAUACCAGACUGUCGUCAUUCAUCAAAUCUAGAAAUGAGUGGUGCAUUUCCCGUCAACGGUCCUGGGGUGUACCCAUUCCUGCUUUCCACAGUAUAAAAAACCCAGAUGAGGCUGUAAUGACUGAGGAAAUUAUUGAUCAUGUCAUAUGCGUGAUUAAGAGGAAAGGGAUCGAUGCGUGGUUCAAGGAUGAUAACAGUGAUGUUAGUGAAUGGCUACCACCAAAAUACCAGGCUACUGCUCACCUCUAUCGCCGUGGAAAAGAUACUGUGGAUGUUUGGUUUGACAGCGGCAGUAGUUGGAAAGUUUUGAUGCACUUUUACAACAAGGAGCUGGGGUUGGAGCACCUACCUUCCCCACUUGCCGACCUUUAUUUGGAGGGCUCUGAUCAGCAUCGAGGAUGGUUCCAGAGCUCUUUACUCACUAAAAUCGCAACGAAUGGAGAAGUAGAAGCUCCAUACAAAAGUGUAAUCACUCAUGGGUUUACCCUGGAUGAAGAGGGGAUCAAAAUGUCGAAAUCAAUUGGAAAUACAAUCGCACCCGAAAGUGUUAUAGCCGGCGAUGAAGCCAAAGGCAUUCCAGCAUUAGGAGUUGACGGCUUAAGACUUCUGAUUGCCCAAGCUGAUUUUACAACAGACAUUGCCAUCGGAUCAACGGUUACCAAACACGUUGCAGAAUCAUUAAAGAAACUAAGAUUGAUGCUGAAAUUCAUAUUAGGUAAUUUGCAAAAGUCAGAAACCAAUUACAAGCUUCUCACGUUCGAUGAAUUGAGACCAUUGGAUCAGUACACCUUGUGUAAGCUCCAGGGUUUGAGCGAUGAAGUACUAAAGCACUAUCGAUCGAACAAUUUUUCAAAAGGUUUGACAGCAGUAUUAUACCACAUGAACAACCACUUGUCGGCAUUCUAUUUCGAUAUCGUUAAAGAUUCUCUAUAUGCGGAUCCUGCGCCUAGUUUGAAAAAGCAACAGAUACAAACCACUUUGUUUCACAUUUUCGACGUGUAUCGGAGCAUUUUGGCCCCAAUAGUUCCUAUUAUGAUUCAAGAGGCAUGGAACUACCUUCCAAAAGCCUGGUGGCAGAAAUCUGAUGACAACUUGGAUGCGUCCCCGCUGCUACGUCUUUGGACCAGUCUUGAAAUUCCAGGCUCUACCUCGAUUGUUAAGCAUUUCGAAGAAAAUGAGCUCGAGAUUUUGAGACUUUACAAUGAAUUGUUCAAACAGCUGACAUCCGUGAACAAAACUAUUCAAACUCAAGCGACAAUUUUUCUACCAGAGGACGCUGAAUUGCGUGUAUCCAGAGAGUCCCUAGAGGACUUAUUACAGGUCGGCAGAUUGGUGAUCGAACGAAUGCCAGAUAACUACGACGGUUUCAACAAAUUGGUAAAUGGUCAAAAGGUCGGUUUACUUGUGGAGGCAAGUGAAAUGUUUGAGUGUCCUAGGUGUUGGAGAGCCAACUCAAAGGAAGCAAACUCACUCUGUUCGCGAUGUUACGAGACGGUCAUGUGA